CAGAAGAAAAUCAAUGAACCUUGAGCAUGGAGGUUAACUGACCACCUUUGCCUUGUCGAUUGAUCUCUAAAAAUGGCGGGAGCAAUAGAGAGAUACCAGAAAUUGGGGCUGCGUGAAUUGUUAUCUCGACUAUACGAUUACCCUGCUGCCUGUCACGAACUCAGCUUCAUCUUGAGAGGAGCUUACAGUAAGGUUCCCAAAAAUCUACAGGCCCUUAUCUUUCAGGACACCCUUGUCGCCUUCCGCUUUCUUCCUCAGGGGCAAACUCGUCGUGGUAUUUCAGCAGCUAAUCUCCUCCACCAAGCUGCAGAGGUGGCCCUGCCCAAGCAGAAGAGAGUGUUGGCUGUUGCAGAGUUCAAGCAUGCAGUAGUUGCACAUAAGAGGCGUUGUAAACCUCAGAAAGUUGAAGCAGGUUCAUCCAAGCUGCCCCAAGAUCUGGUUGUUCAAAUCUUCAGUUUCCUAGAUAUGCGCUCAUUAGUUGCUGCAGGAUUGAUUUGCUGGUCAUGGAAUUUAGCAGCAAAUGAUAACGAGCUAUGGCGGUCACAGUAUGUUGUCUACUUUGGAAAUGAGAAUUGUUGUGAACUUAAGGGGCAGAUUGGUGAACCAAUCCAGGAGAAGAUGAAUACAGUUCUACAUCAGAAGGAAAAGGUCAUGGAUUCAAUGGUCUUCCUUGACUGGAAGGAGGCUUUUAAAGGAGCAUAUAUAGGGAAUUCAUCACGGAGAUCUACAUCUAACAGGGGACACUGUUGGCAUUGCAAAUCAAUUGUUUGGCUCAAUAAUAUGAGGUGUUCUAAUGUACAAAAUGAGUUACAACCUGAAAAUCAUAAAAUCAAGCCCAUAUCACUCCAACAGGUUGUUGAGUAUCUAGUGGAAGACUCUUCAUCAACUCUCUCUUAUUUGGACAGUGACACUGAUUCAGAUGAAGAAUCAGCUUCCAGGCUGUGGGCGGUGCCGAAACACAUCACUGGCAACCAUAAGUAACAUUUCAUGUAAGUAAAUCCAUGGGUAUUUUCUUAUGUAAUACACAAUCGUAGACUUCGAGCACUGAAGGAUCUGCCUUAGUGGAAACCGUCGCCUCUAUUACUGUUGUUGGCAUCAUGAUCAUGUUAGCAAGAGAGUUUCCCAGAAUGAUUGGCCCAGUUGUACAUUUCCUUAGGAAGAGAAUAUAUUGCUCAUGCCCUUGUAUAUCAUCUGUAUACUGAGUUCUGUUUGGAAUUCGAACAGAAUUAAACUUAAUUUUAUUGAAUAAUGGUCUCUUG